AUGGAAAUCAGAAAGUCUAAACUAGUAUUUGCUUCACACAAGAUACAGACAGCUUCAAACAAAACAAACACCUGGAAAUUCAUAAUCCUCAAUUGGGGUGAGAAUAAAAGAGAUCGGAAGCAGAAUGAUGAGCGAUAUUCCGUUCACCUCACUCCUGCCUUUUUGUUACGUGAGGAAUGCUGUAUCACAAUUUCAUAUUUGGUUGUUUUGACAGGAGUUUUGGAGCAGCUUUCAUUAGAAUGGUUGGCUAAAACACUUACAUUAUUAUGUACUGUACUCCACAUACCAAAUCCAAUGACACCAUGUUUGGAUGCACAGUACACAGGAUAUAUCGGCCACGUGUCCAAGCCAAAAAUGGAGGCUGUGUUGACAAUAACUGGCUCCUCCGAAGAUGACUUAUGUUUUGGGAAAUCUUAUCAACUGCACUUAGGUUGUUUGAAAAUCUAG